UUUUAAAGAUUUAUCGAAUCUAAAACUAUGUACGAAAUGGAGAAAAGCGAUAAUUUUAAAAUAUUAACAGAUUUAACACAUUUUUUCUUGGACCAUAGAUCAGCAUGCUACACAUUUGUAAACACUAAAACUGUGAAAAAUAUACUUGACCUGAAAUUGCACAUAUCGAAAAUGUUGAAUAUAUCCAAUUUUUAUUUACAAUUUAAAGAACAUUAUUUACCAGAGACUGAAGAUAUACAAUUACUAAAAGAAGGUGACGUUAUUCGCGUGAUUAAAAUGGAAGAUCAGCAAAGAUCAUCAAACCAAAAUGAGUUCAAUCCAACAGCAAACAGCACUUUAUUGCAUGCGAAAGAGCAGUUUAAUGGAAGCCAAGAUUUCCAAGAGAAAAUAUCAUAUUUUGAAAGAAAAACUCAUACAGAUGUCCAUAGCGAUGAUCUUACAGAUGACAAAACGUUUAAAAGCAAAUUGAACAAGGUCUUGGAUAAGCAAAUAACGAAAUGUAAAGAACAAAUUAAAAUGUCUACAAGCUACAACACUCCUAUUAAUAGGUUUAAAUUGCAAUGUGUUAAACCCAGAAACUUUAAGAGCUCUUACUCUACUAUUUUUAAAAAUGAUGGACCUCAAUACAGUUCUUCACUUCGACUCUAUGAUGUUACCAUUGAAAAACCAAGUAGUAGCCUUCCGAAAAGAAUGUGUACUUCUCUAACCAUAUCCAAGUUAGAAAACAAAGAACUAUAAAUUCAUUUAGUGCUUUAAUGUUUAUUGAAAUAUAAUGCUAGUAUUAUAUUGUUAUUG